AUGGCGGCUGGAGAUAGCCUCCCGGCCCUGUUGGCCUUUACCCUUGUCGAGGCGUAUUUGUUGCAGCGCACUAUCUUUGCAGAUGAGACUUUUCGCACUGUCGUGCUGGGGACAGUAGCAUUCAAUGUCUUCCUCAAGAGUUUGUAUAGUCUGGUCAUUUGGCCGUUCUUCUUGAAUCCACUGCGUCAUCUGCCUAUGGUCCCGGGCCUCAUGAGCAAUGCCAAAAUCAUCUUCGACUCCCCCCGGGGCCGCAUGCCCCUCUACUGGAUGAAAACCAUCCCCAACGAAGGCCUCAUCCACCUCCGCGACAUGAUCGGCCAAAGCUAUCUCCUAGCAACAAAUCAUCAAGCCCUACUUGACAUCAUGAGCACCAAUACCUAUGAUUUCGAGAAACCCUGGCGCGCGCGUAACUUUCUUGCGCGCAUCCUGGGCUUCGGUCUUAUUUUGUCUGAGGGCGCGGCUCAUAAGAGACAGCGGAAGGCGUUAACUCCUGCAUUCAAUAUUAAAAAUAUUAGGGCGAUGUAUUCGUUGAUGUGGGAUAAGACGAAUCAGUUGCUUGUUGAGAUGGAGAAGGAGUUGAAGAGUAAUCCUAUGGAUGGGAUGAGUCCCGAGGAGGGGGUGGGCAAGUUGGAGAUGGGGGUUUGGGGGAGUCGUCUCACCCUUGAUAUCAUUGGCCCCGCGGCUAUGGGCCGGGACUUCCGCUCUAUCCAAAACAGUGAUAAUCCUGUCGCCGAGAGCUUCCUGCGUAUCUUGGAGCCGACUACUGAGAAGAUGGCCUUUUUGGCUAUGAACUUUACUCUGCCGCAGUGGAUUGCCCAGCGUGUGCCCUGGCGCUUGAACCAGGUCAUCGCCAAUGAGACGGGCUUCCUGCGGAAUCUUUGCAACGACAUUGUCCGUGAAAAGCGAGAGAUGUUGGCUUCUUCCAAGGCUUCGGCGAAGGAUCUCGAGGCUGAUAUUCUCGGCACGAUGAUGUUAGGCGGAGACUUUACUGAUACGGAGCUGGUGGAUCAGAUGUUGACUUUCCUAGCUGCGGGACACGAAACAACAGCCGCAGCCUUAACAUGGGCCUGCUACCUCCUAACCCUCCACCCAGAAGUCCAAACCCGCCUCCGCACCGAAAUCCGAACAAAAAUCCCUUCCGCCACCCACCCCAUUACCCACACAGACCUCGAAUCCCUCCCACUCCUAAACGGCGUCUGCCAAGAAGUCCUCCGCCUCUACCCAACCGUCCCAGCCACCAUCCGCGAAUCCAUCCGCGACACAACCGUCGCCGGCAAACACGUUCCCCGCGGAACCCGCCUCAUCCUGUGUCCGUACGCCAUCAACCGUGCGCCCAUCUUCUGGGGCGAGGACGGCGAUGCGUUUGUGCCGGAGCGCUGGAUUGAUACUGAUAAGAAUGGGAAUCAGGUUCCGAAUAAUAAUGGGGGGGCGUCGACGAAUUUUGCCCAGAUUACGUUUUUGCAUGGGCAGCGGGCGUGUAUUGGGAAGGAUUUUGCGAGAGCGGAGCUUAGGUGUGCUGUUGCUGGGGUGGUGGGGAGGUUUGCGUUUGAGAUGCAGGAUCCCAAGCAGGAGAUUCAUAUUGCGGGGGCGGUUACGACGAAGCCGGUUGAGGGGAUGAAUUUAAAGAUGUGGAGGGUUGAGGGGUGGUAA